AAAUUCAGUUGAUAUGGUAACGGAAUUCAAACGCGGAAAGAGCUUCAGCCAUUCCGAAAAACGGUUUGUGAAUGGUUUUAAGGAUUAAAUCAUACGUAAUACAAAGAAAUCCUUUAUGGUGCUUCAAUCUCCCGUCACAACAGCAAUACUGACUAAGCUACAACUCUGUCUAACAGAAUGCUAUCAGCAGCACCUUCAGUAAAAGAGAAUGACCAUGACGGGAACAGGACAGAACAGAACCCCUUUAAGAUGCCUGAAGAUAACACCAUCUUCCACUUUAGAAAGACAGAGAAAGCACGGAGAAAGCAAGAAUAUCAGAGAGAUCUGAGUCUGUCUGUCUCCGAGAAGAAGACAUACUCAGGCAAAAUAAAAGCCAGACAGUUAGAUCUGAGGAAGAAACUGAGAGAUGGCCUGGAGGACAAGGAAGAAGCCACCACACACCUCUCACAGACUGAGGUCCAGCUUCCACAAAAUGCUCUUGCAUCCAAAGUGAUCAUGAUCAAAGAUCGUAACAUUGAAAAAGAGAGCAUACGGGAAUUCAUUAACAAGAAACGAGAGAUGUUCUACCUAGAGUAUGCUCUGGCAGUAAAGAGAGAAGAGAUUGCACAGCUAGAGGAGCAGGCAAGUCGUGAAGAGAAAAAGUUGGCUAAAGCAGAAAAGCUCCUGGAGGAUGACGCUGCCUUGUUUGACACAUUUCUAAAAGAAAAUGACAAGAACUCAGUGGAGGCCAUCAGAAUUGCUGAGCAGGAGAGCAAAGCAAAGGUGGAGAAAGUAGCUGAGAUCAAGAGGGUCACAGCUAAGAUGGUGGCCAUUAAAAGCAACAUUUCUAAGCUCGAGGACACACUGCAGGAAUACAAACUCUACAAGGACUUUCUAUUUAAGAUUUCUCCUCCAGAGUGGCAGGAGAAACAGAGAGCGAAGAAGAAACACCGCACUAAAUCCACCUCUGCCAUCAACAAGGAAGAGCAUGAGGGAAAGAGCAGAGAGACAGAUAGAGGACAAAAGACCCGUCAAUCUGAUAGACAUACAGGUAGAGAGAAGAGGAGCCCUGUUUCACGCGAGCUGCCUCCUCUGCGUGAGACCUGGGUUCAUUCCAGACACAGCGUCAAGUCAACUCCUCAGGGCGACAAAAUUAGCUCUGCAUCUGAAAGUGACAGCUCAGAAUAUGAGGAGGAGCCAGAGUUGUACUUCACAGAGCCUCAACAACUGCUGAACUUGCUCAGUGGACUGGAAGAACAGAACCUCUUUCUGAUACAAAACUCUCAGGAGACCGAGGAGAGCCUGGAGGAGUUCAGACAGACCAUGGAACAGACUCGCAAGAACAUUGAGCAAGAAGCCAACCACCUGAAGCAGCAGAUUGAUGCCAUGACAGAGACUCUUAAGAGAGAAAAAGAGAAAACUGCAGAACUGGAGCUGAAUACCAGGUUCUUUGACUUUGGAAAGAGCAAAGCAGAGGAGGAGAGUACUCUGAAUGCUUUGGGCCAGAAGGUAGAGGAGGUCUACUGGAGCUGCAUUGGAGACAGUGAAACCAACCUGAGCACAUUGCAGAUGCUGAUGGCCAUUGAGAGCAGGCUGGGUGAUCUGCUGGAGAGUGUGGAGCUGAUUCCCGCUGACCGUCUCGCAGUGGCUGAGAGAGCCAAGGAAAAGGAGAGGAGACUCAGACUGCGAGAUGAGAAGCUCAUUCAGCAGAAACAGCACCAGGAAGAGAGAAUAAAGAAAGCCAUGGAGAGAGCUCAAGCUGAGAUCAAGCGAACAUCUGGUAAGAAGCUGAUGCCUCGCUCCCAGCCUCCUGUUCGUAAACUCAAGAGCAAAGAGCACAAUGAUAUCACAGACGAGGAGAAGGAGGAAUAUCUUUACUUCUUCACUUAAAGAAGCCGCUGUUUAUUAAUGACUCCAUCAGCAUGCCACCCUCCCAUUCAGGGACAGAUUAUUAUAUCCUGGCCCCUGGGUAGGAACUCCCUCCUCAUAUUGCUACACAGGAACCAUUUUACAGAUUCUUACGUUCCCUGCAGCUUAAACCAUGCAAAAACAAACAACCCAUUGUCUGUUGGGUAGAUUCUAUGACAAGAUGCAGAAGUGCAUUACCCAUUACAUAAUACUAAUACAAAAUAAACA